CUCCAGAGGCUGCAGACUGCUGAGGUCACGAGGCGGGCUGAAGGACUCCGGAGUCAAAUUCCCGAACACGUAGGAGCUCCUCGCGCUGCUCCACAGGGACUCCGCGGACAACGGAUUCUUGAUCGAUGAUCGAUGAGACACAGGUUGUAAUUAAUGUGUGCUGUUAUGCUACUGCACACAGUGGGAUAUGUUUUGGGGUUUUCCAUUUCUCCACAAGAAACAUGACUUGAGGAUCUUUUUUCUUCCUCUCCAGGCCGUCUGUUCACGCGCAACCCAGAAGAAAUGUAAGAAAAGUACAAGGAGGCUAUUAACACUGUCGGGAAGUGUUUAUUAUGGACAACGGAGCGCGUGUGAAAAGCCGGUUUCACAGGUCAUACUAAAGUGAAGGGAGGAGAGGGAAAGAAAAAGAGUAACGCCUGGGUUCAUUUUUCCACAACGGAAAUGAGAUCAGUCCACUUCUUCUGAAACAUGGUGUAGCUCCAUGUACCGCAGCACCGGGAUCCGCUACUCGCUGACUGGUAACGAUGUUUGCUGGACUGAUGGGGCUGCAAUGUCGCAGCAGCUCUCUGCUUCACCACAGCGACGUCAAGGAAGGUGGCGGAGCAUCAGGGACAGCUGGCAGCUCCGCUCGUAAGAGGCUCCACCGAACACCGGGGUACAUGAGAGGGGAGCAGUCCAGACUUCAGAGCACGACUCAUGGGCGGAGGGAGGAGGAAGAGGAGGAGGAAAGGAGGUCCACUUGCAUUCGGAAUGGUAAAUCCGGACAUCACACUGACACCACAGAGGGAACCAGCGCUCAGAAUUAUCGACAUCCCGAUAAACUCACAUAUGGCUCCUGGAAGAGUGCGAGUUUUCUCCGCUCUGUUCUCCAUCCGCUUCCUCAUGUGGACUACAGUGCCAGUAAUGCUGCAGCCGGCCUCCAGGGUCCAUCCUCUCAGAAUGAAUUCAGGUUAAUCCCAAGCCCGGCCGCCCGGUCCUCAUCAGACGACUCCUUUAACUCCAGCUUCAGUUUUAUCCAGCAGUCUCUUAACUGCAGCCAGAAGACAGACUGGGAACCAGAACCACUAAGUCAUUCAACUGAAGCACCUCGCUCACCUCAACCAAAACCAGCAGCCUUAUCCGCUGUGCACAAAGUCUCAAAACAGUCAGCUGUUGUGCAAUCACUGCCCUCCUGCACCCCGAGCAGCCAGGCGGAGAGAGAGGAGGGGUCAUCGAGCGGGAGGUUUUGGCGGGAGUGUCUGUGGGAGGUCAGGCCGGACCUGCCCGACUGUGACUCGCGAUCUCUGGACAUCGAGAUCACCUCCUCUUUGUCCGUGGACUCGGACACCGCCUCCGCCUCCUCCAUCACCUCUGGCUACGAGAGCGCCACGCCCGCCUCCGACCAAGGCUGGGACAACCUGGUGAAGAAGUACGAGGGUGUGCUGCAAGACUGCCUCCAAAGCAACCGCACUCACACCAAGAUUGAGUCCAUGAUGUUGAAGCUGCAGAGGCUGCAGCAGAAAGCCAUUCUGCAUGACGAUUAUGACGCAGCUGAGUGUUUUGGGAAAAAGCUGGAGGAGCUGUGCAGGGAGCGCUGCGCUCUGAAGCUGGGUUUGCCCUCGCGACAGCCCGGCGUGGCUCUGUUCCUGGAGCGGCUCCGGCGGGUGGUGCACAGCGCCCUCGAGCGGGCAGACUGCAGUCAGUGCAGGGAGACUGUAGAGCCUGACGCACGGGAGCAGUUGGACUCACUGCAGGGUCCAGGGCAGCGAAGAGAUCGCCUGAUCCAAGAGAAACAGCUGGUGGAGGAGGAGAUACAAGAGCUGCAGUGGCGGCUGGUGGAGCUGAAGGACCACGGCCGAUGCCUGGAGCAGCAGAUCCAGCAGGAGGAGCAGCAGGUGGAGGCUGAGGAGCUGGAGGGCUCCGUGCUGAGGAGCUGCUCCGUGGCCCAGCUCCGCGACAUGAGCCGAACCCUGCACGAUCUCGUCACCUCUGAAAACCGCGCGCAGAUCUCCGUCUCUCCGUCACCCUCCUUGCUCAGACUCCAGGAGCAGGAGCAGGCAUUAAAUCUGUCCAUCAAGGAAGCCACUGCUAAAGUGGUCAUGAGUCAGAGGCUGGGCAGCAGCCUGAGGAGGAAAGUCAGCGAAGCUGAAACUCAGCUUUUGGCGCUGCAUGAAGCCAAGCUGGCAGCUAUCUCGGGUAAUGCCUUCAGCAGUGCCAAGGAGCUGAAGGCUGAGAUGAAGGCGGUGUACUUGGAGCGCGACCGGCUGGAUGCUCUGGCCAAGAGGCUGCACAGCCUCAGCUCGGGGAGCAGCCAGGAGCUGGGCAGGAUGAAGGAGCAGCGGCAGCAGCUCAGGGAGGAGCUGGAGCAGAGGGAGGCCCAGCACGAAAGCCGGCUCAGAGAGAACACUACUGAGUACAUCAAGACAUUGGAGGACCGAUUGCACAGCUGUGGCUGUCCGGGCUUGGACCGGAUCUGGGAAGCCGACCUGGAGGCGUGUCACCUGUUCUUGCGAGGCCUCCAGUUGCGGACCCCCUGUUGCAGCGGAGGAGACAUGGGAGACCUCCCCACUGCAGCGGUUUAUCCUCCAGCCCGGCCGUGCACCAAAGAAGAAGAAGAUUGCGCCAUGCUGACUGCAUUGGGCGGGCGCUGGUGUCCCGAGGCCAACUUGCAGAACUCCGAGUUCACAAAGAAAUUGGAGGAGUUUUUGUUCUGCAUGGAGGAUAAUCCCCCAGAGGAUGGGUGCAGCGCGGCUGCAGACCUGACGGAGCGCUGCGAGCUGAUCAGUGGCAGAAUAUUGACCUUGGAAGAUGAAUUGCAGACGGCCAUACUGAACCGGGAUCAGGUCCUCACCCAGUCGUUGGAAAAGGAGGUUCAGGAAGUAAAAGCCACUUUACAAACCAUGCUCGCACAGCUCGAAGUGGAAGAAAAGGAGGAAGAAGAAGUGAACGGGUUACACGAUGACGACCUUAUGAAGAAUGGGACUGAGGAGGAAGAAGAGGAGGAGGAGGAGGAGGACCAGUACUUCAGUGACAGCUGGGGCAUUUGAAAUGGAUUUGUGUAGGGUUUUAUGACCACUCAUACACAGACCCGCUCCCUGAGAGCCUGACCUCAGCUUUGCAGUUGGAGUGACCCCAUAUCAAUUUACUGUAAAGCCUCACAAGCAGCCUCUGUGGUACUGCCGAAAGUUUCCAAUACAAAGCUUUGGGGAGUCUGUGUAGCAUUGCAUCCAUUUCCUUUUCUAGAAUGGAAAAACAUGAAGGAUUUUUAGAUAAAUGCAAAAUGUAUGACACUUUAAUCCAAUUUUUAGGAGAUCCUCAAAUCUUGCCAGUCUAAGUUUAAACAGAUAAAGAGCGCCUCAGGCCACAGAGUCAACAAAUGAAACAAUUUUUAAAAUUAGGAUGUUUUUGAAUAUUUAAAUGUCUUACAAUCAAUUAGGUAGAAUGGUUUAAUCUGUAUUUACUGAAAAAAACAUUACUGUGAAACUGAUUAAUACUGUUGAUUAUUUAGUUUAUUGGGUGUUUUCCCCCAGUAGGAGAUAUCUAUCCAGGGUAUUUCGAUUCAAUGACAACAACUGAAAACUAUAUUAUUUUUAAAUAGCGAGCCUGAAACCAAACUCACAUAAUCGCUUGUCACAACCACCUGUUUACAUUUUGGCUGAGGACCAAGUAGACAAAAAAACCACAUUUUUCUUCUUGCACACAUAAACUAAAAAGCAUGUUUCAUCUUUUGGUCAGCUAGGCACUUUUGUGUGUUUUUAGUACGAUUGGACUUCAGUUACAUAUCAUUUUGUCCAUGAAAUAACUCAUUUGUGGUGCUACAGAAUGGGAGCUAACUUGAACACUUUAUGGUUUUCUUCAUGUAGAAAAAUGUAAUCUUUCGAUUUUUUAGCACUGUAUGCUUGGAGAGAUGCUCUGUAUUUUAAAUCACAUCCAUCACAAUAGUCAAAUUGUGUCCCAUGCAUGUAGGAAAUAUUGAAGGAUAAAGUAUCAGUGCACACGUAAGUAGAAGUUUUUUUUAUAGUUUGUUUUUCUAAAGUCUUUGUAUCUGCCACUGAUUAUGUGUUAUUUCUAUUGUACUUAAUGUCUGCGCAGAAUCUUCAUUCCACUGGGUGUCAUAUGACUUUUUGCCAGAAACUUUUUUUUACCUUUACCCAUUAAUCAGUUGUUGUUUUUUGUAUCUACUGUGCAGCUUGAACUGGCUGUAUCAUAUUUCAUAUUUAUUCCUUACAGCAUCUCACUAAUUACAGCAUGUAACAUUCAGCCGCAUGUUGUAUCCCGCUGUUUUCUUCUUGUGUUGUGUAGCUGUAGCCCCUCUGGUUAUUUUUCCCACAUAUAAAAUGUGCAGGCAAGUGAGGGCAGUAGUGACAUGUAGGAGACAUCAAUACGGUAAUAAAAGGACCUCUAGUGAGGUCUUUAGGGGAUACACAGGCUUCUAUUGUUAUCUCUCCUCAGCAGCGGCGGUGUGGCUAAUUGGGAGGCAGCCUCACAGAGCACAAGGUGGGGGGAAUGGGAGGAUGUGGCUUUGUCUCCAUCUGAUUCUGCCCUGUGUUUUUUGGAGCAGGGGGUGGAUCCUCAGAGGCGUGUCUGCAGUCCCGCGCUCCGGGCCGUAAACACAACUGAGUGUUCAGGUUUUUUUUUUCCAGCAGCACAAUGGGCCUUUCUCACUGGCAGGUUGCAAGCCACUUGCCAGGCCAGAAGUCUCCACAUCUGUCAGCGUCAGGCGGCACACAGACAGAACCUGGCACACAUACCUCCCUGACAAACACCCCUGCCUCCUAAUUGAAUCUGUGCUUGUGCCAUACUGUGCCCCGCACGGCAGUUUUGCUCAUAAAAUGGCCACGGAGAAAAGCCCAGAUGGUUUUCAGCAGGCUGAUAUAGCAGAGAGAUAUUUCCUGAUGUAAACGCAGGCGCCAUGCAGUGCAAGGUCCUUUGUCUCUGCAAUGUGGUUGCUAUGAUAUUGCACAACAUUAUUUUUAUCUGUUUUCCACCCAUACUUUUCUUCAUACAGUCCAGCCCUCCCCUUAGUUACUGAUGACAAAGGCAGAUUUACAGAGUCCUCGAUUUUGAUUAAAAGCAGACAAAAGCAAUAGCUUAGCUUCGCUUAGUUGAUUUAAGUUAAUGAUUUAAAUUAUUAUUCAUAAACAUCAUCUCCGGAUCAUUUCCCACCUGUUCCUGGCUGACUUAAAAUGAGUGCAUAAUGAGUUCUAAAUAUGCACUUGCAUGAUAUUUACAUGAUAUUGUGCUAAAGCUGUAUGUGCCAGGCACAACACCACUGUCUCUGCAGCUCCACUGCACUUCACAUGAGGAAGAAUCCAAAGAUUGACAGACCUGCUGUGCCUAGUUACAGUUGCUAAGCUGUGAUUGGACUAUUUGCUAUUCUGGGGAGCCGGUUGGCAAAUGGGUUGGAUGGUCUCCUGGCAGUUUUCUAUUCAUGCAGCAUGGCACUUUAAAGUAGAGUAAAUCAAUCAACAUAAAGUCAUAAAAAUGUGCCAGCGAAGUGAGAUGAAUUGGUUCGUGUCCGAUACUAAAUUGAACAUUUUUUAUGAAUUUUCAUUUGUCAAUUUGAUUUUCAUACACACAUAAAUGUAAAUGUAUUCUGUCUGUGUUUAAACUAAAAAAGAGAGAUGGAUGAAAUAAACUAAUUUAGCAUCUAAAAAGGACAAGUGUUGUUCCACCCCUUAUCUA